UCCCGCCUUCCGUUCCCUGAAGUCUCGGCGCCACGCUUUGGCUUGGUCCAAGAAGAUGUUUGCGACGACCCCUUCCGGCUCAUCAUUGCAGUAACUUUCCUCAACAAGACCUCAGGCGAAGUCGCGAUCCCCGUCUUCUGGGACUUCAUGGCCCACUACCCAACGCCAACGGACCUGGCCCACGCCAACCUCGACGACGUAGUAGGCAUCUUGCGCCGCGUGGGCCUGCAAAACGUGCGCGCCAAGACGCUGAUCAAGUUCGCGCAAGGAUGGCUUGAGCAGCCGCCGAUGCGGGGCUACCGCUCGCGCACGCUGAACUACCCAAAGAAGGGCAGCGGGAAAGACAUUCGUCCCCGGGAAGUGCUAUACGAUGCGGACCCACGCGACGGCGCGUUCGAGAUUGUGCAUUUGGCCGGCUGCAGGGGGCCAUACGCGCUCGAUAGCUGGCGCAUCUUCUGCCGGGACGCGCUGCGCGGGGUGGCGCUGGGGUGGGACGGCGAAGGCGUGGGCGACGCGGGCUUCGAGCCUGAGUGGCGCAGGGUGCUGCCCCGUGAUAAGGAGCUCAAGAGCUUUGUGCGCUGGUUGUGGCUCCGCGAGGGCUGGGACUGGGAUAUCAAUACCGGCGAGAGGAAGCCGGCC